AUGUGCUUCAAGGAGUUCAUCGCCUACACCUGCGGGCACAGCAGCACCCCGAUCAACCGCCCCUGCCCCAUGACCACCCAUCUUCACACGAACCCAUGCUGUCCCGGCCCUGCCGUGCGCCCAUUCCUAUCGGAGGGCAUGUGUCCAGCAUGCUCACGGAUCCUUCACGGUCGCUACUUUGACAUCCUCGACAUCGAGCAUCGUUGGAUGCACGAACGUGGCGCUUGCAAUUGCGGCACGGUCUUCCCGUACCUGCAGCAGCCGCGACAGGUCACUCGGGCUAAUGACCAGACCAGCAGUACCAACCAAGGUCUGGCCGCCGACAUCGCGCCGCCCCUAUACAAGGAGACCGAGGUAGACAGCACGCUGCAGGUCUCGUUGCGACUGUCCAGCCUGUACGCCGCCGAGUGGACCAAGGACCACGCCAAGCACCACGAGAACGGCAAAUGCAAGUGUCCCGUCAGCUUCGCGAAGUAUGAGCCCCAGACCAUGAAGGAGUUUGGUGAUGAGAUCAAGUACGGCCAUCACGAGAAAGGAGCCGGUGAUGAGGUCAAGCACGGCCACCACGAGAAAGCACCCAGCACGAACACCCUCCCGAUGCCCAAGGGAAAGGGCAAGAACAAGGGCAGCAAGAAGAAGGCCAACCUCAGAUCAGCGCUCCCCCUUUACCCUCAGCAAACCCCCAUUGCGACCGCCCCCUUUCUCUCCACCGCCGGUAGCGGCAAUCAAGACUACUACAAGGCCGGAUUCCACCCCAACCAGUUUGGCCACAACACCUACGAUCCCAACAACAACACCACCACCACCACCACCCCCGCUGGACCCUCCACCCGCCUGAAAUCCGAGACCCACCGCUCCGAGCAAAACACCACCAGUCCCGAAUUCCCCCACAACAAACCCGCCAUCGGCACGCCCGCGCGCUGGACCUGCAGCCCGCCCGACCUGCGGCCGCUGGACAUGAUCCUCGGCCCCAUCAACCCAUCCCCGGUCGACCUGCAGACGACGCAGCUCAUGCACCUGCCGCAGGAGACGCUCAUCGUCGGGGCCCCGCUCGCCGUUAUAGCAGAGGCCAAGAGCGAGAUCCCGUCCAUGGUCCAGUUUCAGCCGCUGGACACCCCCAUCGCCGGGUUUCCCGUCGGGGCCGGCCCCGAGGGCGAGUCCCACGCCGGCUCGUUCGACGAGUGUGAGCUGAGCCUGAGCGCGCUGAGCCUGGAGCUGGGGAGCGAGGGGUGCGAGUUGAGCGCGCUGAGCCUGGAGACCUUGGAGAGCGACGAGCCGCCCGUUCGGAAGCGCAGGUAUUCCUCCGAGCUGUAA